AGGUACAUCAGUAGUAGCGCUGUAGCAGCGGUACACGGCGGACGCUGAGUUCACAGCUGUUCUCUGAAUACUAAUGUCAUUGUGCAGUUGGUCAUCCUGCCGUUAGCUCUGGAUAUUCGAAGGGUAUUACGAUGUCAUGUUUUUUCAUGUCCUCUUCCUAAUGACAGAAGACAAGAAAGAUGACUGGACCCCUGUCAGAAAAUUGCUGCUGGUGUAUUUCUCUACGCGGGGGAACCAAGAUUUUCGGCUUCAUCAGUUUGGUAGGAAGUUUUCUUCUCGCUGUUUUGAUAUGUACGGAGAUCGUCGCGGGACUCGUUAACAGUUCUGAGGAAAUCAAAGGUGUGUUGUUAUAUUUCUAUGCGGAUUUCGUAAUUCAAGCAACUCAUGUGGUGACGUCAGUGGUUCUUCUAUUUGGAGUGUAUAAGGAAAUACCCAAACUCCUCUUACCGUGGCUAGUUAGCACUGUUGUUGUGGCAGUGUCAGAAGUGGUUUUCAUGUCCUCCUUUACGAGUCGCCUAAUGUUGGAAGUUCAUGACAUUUUCAAUCAGAACACAUUUUUCACUUUCUCCACUCUUGCUCUACUUGACGACAUUUAUGGGUUCAUCAUUGUGUACAGCUACUAUCAAACUCUGCCAAAACUGGUUCGGGUUACCUUAAGAUAGCACUGGUCCACUGAAGUAUCGGGCAGCGGCAGUCCUUUGUUUCU